AUGCCCGAGAAGCUCGAUCCCUUCGCCGCGCUCGGCCUGCCGGCGACGGCCAGCGAGGCCGAGAUCCGCAAGGCGUUCCGCAAGCUCUCGCUCGCGCUGCACCCCGACAAGGCGCGCGACGUGCCCGCCGACGUCGCCGCCGCGCGCUUCCACGCCGUCAAGGUGGCGUACGACGAGCUCAUGGACCCCGCCGCGCGCGCCGCCGCCGCCGAGAAGAGCCGCGUCGAGCGCGCGCAGAACGAGCGCAGGCAGGCCUUCGAGGGCAAGCGCAAGGCCAUGGCCGACGAGCUGGAGCGCGACGAGCGCGAGGGCGCGCGCCGCCGCACGCAGGGGCGCCGCGAGGCGCAGGCGCGCGAGGAGACACUCGCACGCCUCAAGGAGGAGGGGCGCCGCCUGCGCGAGGAGGGCCAGCGUGCGCGCGAGGAGGCCGCCGCAGAGGGCCUUGCCAAGCAGCAGGCGCCGGCGGCCGCGCAGCAGGCGGCGCCGGCAGAGGAGCAGGGCCCGGAGCUCGGACCGCUGGACCUGACUGUGCGCCUGCGCUUCCCGGCAGAGCAGUACGCUGCGCUCUCUGGCGCUGAUGCGCCCUCCUCGUCUUCGCCGCUCGCCACGCCGCUGGCGCGAGCGCUGAGCGCGCGCUUCGGCGCGCUGCAGCACCUGGCGCUGAGCACGCCCAAGGCGGGCAAGCGCGAGGCCACGGCGCUGGCGACGUUCGCCACGCUCGACGCCGCCUACGCCGCCGUGUGUGCCGGCGCGGAGCUGCGCUGCGCCGUCGACGCGGCGAGCGCGCUGCUCGAGGACGUGCAUGUGCAGUGGGCGGCCGCGGAGAAGGGCAAGGGCCGCAGCAAGGACAGCGGCGAGCCGCAGCGCAUCGCGUGGCUGCGCGAGAGGGGCAAGCUGGGCGCGCCGGCAAAGCCCGCGGCACCGCCAGCACCAGAAGAGGACCUGCCGCCAGGAUGGGCGAGGCCCGAGCCCAAGGAGCAGGCCGCGGCGCCGUCCUUCUCCUUUAGCAUGCCCGCCUCUGCCUCCUCUACGCUGACCGACGACUACGAGGCGGCGACGCUGCUGCGCAUGCGCGAGACGGCACGCCGGCGCGCCGAGGAGCGCAUCCGGCAGGAGGAAGCAGGCGCAUAAGAAGCGUAGAAGAAGGGCAACGCAAUGUCACCGCUAAUCAUCGC